CGCAACAACGUAUCUCUGUACUUGUACACUAACUGCGCGUUUAGUUCUUCCUUCCCACAUCUUGUGGUUGCAUCCUCAUAAGAGGUCCGAACCAUGACGUAUCUCCUUGUCUGCAUCUCGCUUCUCUCACUUUCAGCAUUCACGGAUGCUGGGGAGUACUGUUCCGGCUAUGGCUACUGCUCCGGUUGUUGCUGUAGAAACGGCUACGGCUGUUGUACUUGCACUCUGCACUGGUGGGCGUGGCUUCUGAUUGUUGUUUCCGUUCUUAUCAUCAUUGCCAUUGCUGUGGGUUGUGGCGUAUGGCGCCGACGUGUUUACCUCCAGAGACAGACGAUUGUUACUACGAUGGUUCCGAAUCAAGUUGGUUAUGCUCAGGGAUAUGCUCCUCAGGGUUAUGCUCCUCAGGGAUAUCCUCCCCAGGGGUAUCCUCCCCAGGGGUACCCUCCCCAAUAUUCUGCAGCCAACAAGGGCGAUCCAUUCUGAAGCUUACAAGAUGAUUAAUGCUGAUUGAUAUUGUUGCUUGUUGUGUGUUGAUGCGCGCGCUGUAGUAACUUAUAGUGGUGGUUGGUAUCAAUAGUUGUGCAUGUGCAGUGCUUUUUUGUCACGUAUAUUCGGCGUAUGUUUAGAAUUGCAGUAUUAGUGUAACUUUUAUGAAUUGCGUCAAGAAAACAGCGUCAUUCAAUUAUCAACAUUGCA